AUGGCUCGCGCCGAGUGGACAUCAACAGCGCGAGCGCUCGCCGACCAAUUCGACGACAACGAUCAUACCCUCCCCACUAGCGAAUCCCGAAGAUAUAGCUCUCCAAUAUGGACUCGCCGUUCCAUGGAUGCCUCACAAACACUGUCCCGACCGCAAAGCACACAGGCAAAAUGGAUGCAGACAGCUGAGAAAUGGAAUGGCAGAGCCACGCGGCAAUGGGCGCGGUUAUCGCCCUUACAAAAGGCAGGACUGGUCAUCGCCGGGAUUAUAACAAACGUGUUGCUCAUCCUGUUCCUCGUAUACGGCACCAAGAUCUUCGCGUUAAUGGCACCUAUCGCCGAGAAAUGGAGGAACAUGCCCGGAGGCUGGCUGACUCUCUGGCUCAUGACCUUCUUCGUCUCGUUUCCGCCCAUGAUAGGAUACUCGACAUGCGUUACGAUCGCAGGCUUCGUGUUCGGCAUGAAGGGAUGGUUCAUCAUGGCGACAGCGACGGUAGUGGGAUCUACAGCUUCGUUCAUCGCAUCGAGAUCCGUGUUGAAGAACUUUGUGAGCAGAAUGACGGAGAAGAACAAAGAGUUUGCGGCGCUGUCGCUGGUGUUGAAACAUGAUGGAUUGAAGCUCUUGAUCAUGAUCCGGCUGUGUCCGUUGCCAUACUCCUUUGCGAACGGAGCUAUCAGCACGAUUCCAACGGUGACGUGGCAGAAUUUCAUGCUAGCGACGGCGAUUGCUUCGCCGAAGUUGUUGCUGCACAUCUUCGUAGGCAGCAGGAUUGGUGCUCUGGCUGAGGGAGGUGACAAGAUGGACACAGGAGCCAGGAUCAUCAGCUACCUCAGCAUCAUCAUCGGUAUGGCGCUGGGUGUGGGCACAGGCUAUGUCAUCUACACACGGACGAAAGCACGAGCGAAGCAGCUCGAGGCAGAGGAGGCCGCAGCAGCAACUUCUGGUGGUCGACGGGAGAGCCAGAACAGCCCAGACUACAACGAUGACCCGGACGAACGGGAGGCUAGGAAUGUUCUGCGGAGCAGCAGGAGCGAUAUCUCGUUACAUCCGACAUAUGCAGAUGAAGCAGAUCUGGAGAGUGGAUACAGGGAUGAGUUCACUGAUGAUGAAGAUGCUCAUGAGCGGGAUGUGUUUGAUGUGGGUGAUGGAGAUGACGACGAUGAUGGUUCUGGCAAGACAGGCCAGCGAUAG